AUGGCAAUUACGAUUGUCCUUAUUCUUCUAACAACAUGGCUAGGAGCCGUUGCAGUGGCGCAAAAAAUCAAUAUUACCAUCCUCCAUAACGCCACAACACAAGGCGCUGUUUGUCUGGACGGAAGUCCACCGGCAUAUUACUUUGACCGGGGAUUUGAUGCUGGAGUUUCUAAUUGGAUAAUCUACCUUCAAGGCGGAGGGUGGUGCGAGAACCUAAACGAUUGCCACUAUCGUACAUUUCAACCAGCAGGUUCCUCCAAGUUAAUGCAGGGUAAAACUCAGUUUGGUGGAAUACUUAAUAACACUCCCCAAUAUAAUCCAGACUUUUACAAUUGGAAUCGAGUAUGGGUAAAUUAUUGCGAUGGAUCGUCAUUUACUGGUGACGUUGAAGAUGUUGAUCCAGGGAACAAACUAUAUUUCAGAGGAGCUAGGAUAUUAAAAGCUGUUCUGCAGGAUUUGUCGCUCAAGGGACUGCAAAAUGCUAAAAACGCAAUCCUAAGUGGAUCAUCUGCGGGAGGAUUGGCCACGAUCUUGAACUGCGACAAAUUUAAGGCUUUCUUUUCAAAUGAUUCUAUCAAGGUCAAAUGUGUUGCAAGUGCCGGCUUUUUCAUCAACAUGUGAGCUUUCUUCUUCCAUCUUCUUAAUUAAUAGUAUCGAUUUAUGUUUGCUUUCCAAUUUGGAAUUGGUAUAGGAGCUUUGGCAAAAUCUGAGCAUCUUUGGUGGGCUUGUGUUAGUUAAAUAAUCAUUAAAUUCAUUGUUAAAUUGACCCUUUCACCUUUCCAAAUUCCAACCCUUCUUCCAAUUUGCUGAAUGAAUUAAUUAAUUAAGAUUUAGAGUAAUCACAUUUAACUCAACUAUUUCUUUUCAAUAGAAAAAUACAGUAUCAUUUAAUAUAGUAUUCGAUUGUUAAGUAUUUACGUACAUUUAUCCUUCACUUCUUUGUUAUUAUUUCUCA